ACAGGGACAGGGCGGGAUGACCGGGGAGCAGCGGGGGGGAGGCAGGAGAGGGGACAGGGGGCAGGCGGCGGCGGCGGGAGGAGGGCCGGGGAGGAGACGGCAGGUGAGACGGGAGGUGAGACAGGUGUGGCGUCCCCGCUGCCUGUCUUCCUGUUCCCCUCCGAGCUGGUGUUUUACUCGGAGCAGAGGAACUCCCACCGCAGAGUCCUGACUCUGUACAACCCCUACAGGUUCAGGAUCAGCUUCAAGAUGCUGUGUACUGCUCCCUCGCUCUACAGGGUGGUGGAGGCCGAGGGCAGCGUCCGAGCCAAGUCCUGCGUCGACCUGGUGGUGCGUCACCUGGAUGUCUCCCCUCGUAACUGGGGCCGCAGAGACCGGUUCCGCAUGGAGGUCAGAGGAGGAGGCCAGGUGGGAGAGAGGGAGAUCUGGGCCGAGCUGAGGGGAGGGGGAGAGGAGGGGGGAGGAGGAGGAGAGCAGGAGGAGGAGGAGAGGAAGAGGAGUAAACGAGGAGGAGGACAGCAGAGGGCGAUGUCUCCUCUGUCUCCUCUCCUGGUGCCCACACAAACACACCUGCAGCUGCCCACCUGUACAGCUGUGCGCAGUGUGUCUCAGUGGGUGGUGUGUGUGUUGGUGGCGGUGUUGUGUGUCACAGUGUUGAUGCUCCCCCUCCACACUGAGACCAGCUCGAUGGUUCCAGGCUGCCUGCACGUCUCCACCAAUCAGAAGCUGGCCUGCGCCUACACACUGGGUCUUCUCACCAUUGUGUUUCUACGGUAAUCAGUGACAUCACGCCGUUGCCACAGCGACCACGGAUGCCGCCCAGCCCCGCCCUGACCUCUGACCUCCGCGCAGACACGGACUGUCUUCAUUAACUCGACACACACACAUGAAUGUAGUCUGACAGCUGAAUGAGGACACGACGAAGCGUCGCCUCGAGUUUAAAAAACUUUAUUUACACCUGGAAACAGAAACAGUGUGACGCCACUGAUGACUCAGCACGAGCGACUCGUCCUCUAAGGUGUAAAGUUGAAAUAAAUUAUUGCAUCAUUUCCGCUGACGAUGUUCUCGUGCCUGAACAGCAGCUGGUUAGCUUAGCUUAGCUUAGCAUAAAGACUGGAAUCAGGGGGAAACUGCUAGCCUAGCUCUGUUCAAAGGAAACAUCCACCUGCCAGCUCCUCUCAAAGCUCAGAUUAACAUGUCUGUUAGCAUCGUCUGUUAGCAUUGGCUGUUAGCAUCGUCUGUUAGCUGUCUACAGGUAAUUAAAGUGAAUGAGCUUAAUGUUUCCUUCAUGAAUCCACUGUCAGAUGAUCUAAUGAAGCUGUGAAGGUUUCCACUCGUCUGUCAGACACAGGAGGAGACAGAUGAAUAAAUGCGUUUUGAGGAAACAGCUCAGACUGACCCGAGUCAGACGUGAAGAAAUUCUCUGAGGAAUGAAGUUAGUUACAGUAAAGUUUCCUGUCGCUUCAGUUUUCAUCUCCAACAUGUUCGACUCCUCCACCUUCCUCUGACGUAAAGUGACAGACAACAGGUCUACACUGAAAUAAACGCUGAUCACAGCGAGGGUCUGAGGUUUGUAACCACGUGACCUCUGACAGACGAGGUCUGGAUGGUCCCCGGUUUGUUCACAGGCUGGUUUCUGUAUUAAAGUGUGAGCUCUGA